UGCCGCGUAGCCCUGAGUGGCUGAGCCUGGUCCUCUCUCUCCUGCAGGCCUUGUGAAGCUGGGAAUCCACUGUGUCACGUGCCAGAAAGUCGCCAUCAAAAUCGUCAACCGUGAGAAGCUGAGCGAGUCUGUGCUGAUGAAGGUGGAGCGCGAGAUCGCCAUCCUGAAACUCAUCGAACACCCACAUGUCCUGAAGCUGCAUGACGUCUAUGAGAACAAAAAAUAUUUGUAGAUACCUGGUGCUAGAACACGUGUCCGGGGGGGAGCUGUUCGACUACCUGGUGAAGAAGGGGAGGCUGACCCCCAAGGAGGCCCGCAAGUUCUUCCGGCAGAUCAUCUCCGCGCUGGACUUCUGCCACAGUCACUCCAUAUGCCACAGGGACCUGAAGCCAGAGAACCUGCUGCUGGACGAGAAGAACAACAUCCGGAUCGCAGACUUCGGCAUGGCGUCCCUGCAGGUGGGGGACAGCCUCCUGGAGACCAGCUGCGGAUCCCCCCACUAUGCCUGCCCGGAGGUGAUCCGGGGGGAGAAGUACGAUGGCCGCAAGGCGGACGUGUGGAGCUGCGGCGUGAUCCUCUUCGCCCUGCUGGUGGGGGCGCUGCCCUUCGACGACGACAACCUGCGGCAGCUGCUGGAGAAGGUCAAGCGCGGGGUGUUCCACAUGCCGCACUUCAUCCCGCCCGACUGCCAGAGCCUGCUGCGCGGCAUGAUCGAGGUGGACGCGGCGCGGCGCCUCACGCUAGAGCACAUUCAGAAACACAUAUGGUAUAUAGGAGGCAAAAAUGAGCCUGAGCCAGAGCAGCCCAUCCCCCGAAAGGUGCAGAUCCGUUCACUGCCCAGCCUGGAGGAUAUCGACCCCGACGUGCUGGACAGCAUGCACUCCCUGGGCUGCUUCCGAGACCGCAACAAGCUGCUGCAGGACCUGCUCUCUGAGGAGGAGAACCAGGAAAAAAUGAUUUAUUUCCUCCUCCUGGACCGGAAAGAACGGUACCCCAGCCAUGAGGACGAGGACCUACCCCCCAGGAAUGAGAUAGACCCUCCCCGGAAGCGUGUGGACUCCCCGAUGUUGAACCGGCACGGCAAGCGGCGGCCCGAGCGCAAGUCCAUGGAGGUGCUCAGCGUGACAGAUGGCGGCUCCCCGGUGCCUGCGCGGCGAGCCAUUGAGAUGGCCCAGCAUGGCCAGAGUAAAGCAAUGUUCAGUAAAAGCCUGGAUAUCGCUGAAGCCCAUCCCCAAUUCAGCAAAGAAGACAGGACGGCAGGUGCUGCUGCCCAGGGGUCUCGGUCCAUCAGUGGUGCCUCCUCGGGCCUGUCCACGAGUCCACUCAGCAGUCCCCGGGUGACCCCUCACCCCUCGCCGAGGGGCAGUCCCCUCCCUACCCCCAAGGGGACGCCUGUCCACACGCCAAAGGAGAGCCCAGCCGGCACGCCCAACCCCACACCGCCAUCCAGCCCAAGUGUUGGAGGGGUGCCCUGGCGGACACGGCUCAACUCCAUCAAGAACAGCUUCCUGGGCUCUCCCCGCUUCCACCGCCGGAAACUUCAAGUUCCCACACCCGAGGAGAUGUCCAACCUGACCCCGGAGUCCUCCCCAGAGCUGGCCAAGAAGUCCUGGUUCGGGAACUUCAUCAACCUGGAGAAGGAGGAGCAGAUCUUCCUCGUCAUCAAGGACAAGCCCCUGAGCUCCAUCAAGGCUGACAUUGUGCAUGCCUUCUUAUCGAUCCCCAGCCUCAGCCACAGCGUCAUCUCCCAGACGAGCUUCCGGGCUGAGUACAAGGCGACGGGGGGCCCGGCCGUGUUCCAGAAGCCGGUCAAGUUCCAGGUGGACAUCACCUACACGGAGGGUGGUGAGGCCCAGAAGGAGAACGGCAUCUACUCUGUCACCUUCACCCUGCUCUCAGGUCCCAGCCGCCGCUUCAAGAGGGUGGUGGAGACCAUCCAGGCCCAGCUGCUGAGCACCCAUGACCAGCCGUCUGCCCAGCACCUGUCAGACACCACUAACUGUAUGGAAAUGAUGACGGGGCAGCUUUCCAAAUGUGGCAGCCCAUUGAGUAACUUCUUUGACGUAAUUAAACAACUUUUUUCAGACGAGAAGAACGGGCAGGCGGCCCAAGCCCCCAGCACGCCCGCCAAGCGGAGUGCCCACGGCCCCCUCGGCGACUCCGCGGCCGCUGGCCCUGGAGGGGACGCCGAGCACCCCAUGGGCAAGGACACGGCCGGGAUGGGGCCGCCCGCCGCCCGCUGCGAGCAGCCUUAGACACUAGUCCCUCCCCAGAACAGCGCUGACCGCGGUGCCCACCGCCACCGCCUAGUGUGGACCCGGGCCAGCCGCCCGCCCAGACGUUGCCUCCAAGCCUGGGAGCAAAGGAGAGCGCGGGGCCACGGCGUGCGGGCGGGGCGCCGCUCGCUCUCUUUUCUCUCUCGCGGUCAUUGUCUCUGCCUGUCUCUGACGACGUCGCUUGUUUCCGCUCUGAUACCAGGAAUUAUCCCGAAAAGCUAACAUGCCACCUCCAGGAGGCCACCCUCUGCUCCGCGCGGACACUGGCUGACCGAAGGCAGCUGCUGCGGACCGCCCUCCCUCCUCCUGCUGCUGCCGGGCAGGCGGCAAGGCCAGCGCACGUCCACCGCCCCUGGCCCCCGUGCAGCUCCGCAUGGCCCGCGGGAGGAGGGCCCGGCUCCGGAUGCCUCCUCCAGCCCAGCAGACCUGCGGCAGGGACAGCCUGCCCUGCCGUCUCCGGGGCAGGGGCCGUGGCAGGUGAAGCCGCUCCUGGAGGCCUCCCGGCCGUCUCCUCUCCUCCGAACCUCGGCCUCUCCAGGGCCACCUCCUGUCUCAUCUGCAUCCAUUUCUCCACUGCCUCACUGGGGGCCGUGGGCACACCUGGCUUUGAAGGUCCUCCCUGGCUGAGUGGAACAGACCCUGUGGGCGCCGGAGCUCCCGGGGUUGGCCAGGCUGUGGGGCUGGGCUGAGACCAGUAUUAUUUAUUUGCUAUUUUAAUUUAUUGAGUUUCCUUAUUUCUCUGUUCUCUGUUCAGGGAAGGGGUGGCGGCAUGUCCUCCUGCUGUCUGUCCCUGCCAUCCGUCCGUCCGUCCGUCUGUCUGUCUGUCUCGGGCAGGGUGGGUCCGGAGCCAAGGUGCCCUCUGAGGACACAGCCGCUGGGGGCUGGGGGCAGGGGGCUGGCCGGUAGAUGCGCGCUGGCAAGCUACUGUAAACUUUAAAGAAUUCCUGCAAGAUAUUUUUAUAAACUUUUUUUUCUUGGUUGUUUUUGGAAAAGGGUGUGGGGGUGGGGGGACCGCGGGGGCAGGGCUGAGAUUCUGUGUUUUGGUUCCUUGCUCUUGGUUAUUUCUAUAUACAUAUACAUAUAUAUAUUUAAAGAACUGCGCGGGUAGCUCUGCCCCAGGUGGCUUUAUUGCUGCCUAGAAGCAGCACCAGCUCUGUUGGGGGGCUUGGGGCUGGGUGUGGUCCUAAGCAGGGCGGCUGAGACCGCCCUGUGACCCACACCUCUGCCCCUCUGGCCAGGCCAGGCUGGGUGACCUUGGUUUAGCGUCUGAGGGUGAAGGGGUAGAAAGAGGGCCCUGGGCUGGCACCCCACUGACACACGGGAUGGCAGGCCCACCUCGGGGCAUUUUUUUUAUUAAAAUUAAAAAAAAAAAGCUUUAAAAAAAAAAAAA